UGAUGAUGAUGACGACGACGACGACAGCGACGAUGACGAUGAUGAUGAUGAUGGAUCCGAAGUCGAGGAUGGGCUGACGACCAUGGAGGCGCUCUACGAGCUGAGACUGCGGCUCGGCAUCCAGUCCGCCCCGCUGUCCGGCGAGCCGCCCGAAGAAGACACUCUCAACCACAGCCGUGCCAACGAUGCCCCUCUGCGGCCUCUCACUCUGGACCUCUCCGAGUCGCUGUCGCUCUCGCUCACGUCGCUGCUCAAGCAGCGUGAGCUCCUGGGCGUCGCAAGGACGAGCGCCAUCGGGCAGAGACUGAUUCCCACCAGCUCGCUCGGUCCGCUCCAAGAGUCCAGCUCCCGAGUCUACUCUGGGCAGUUUUCCGAUGACGGCUCGCUGUUCUACUCUGCCACCCACAACAACAUGGUUCAUAUCUACAAAGUGGAUGGCAACAUGGGCUUUACCAAACACAAGGCAAUUCGCGGCGGUCAAUUUCGCUGGACCAUCACUGACUGCGCCAUGACCACCGACAACCGGUUUCUGGCGCACUCCUCCAUCACCCCAGUCAUCUAUCUGGCUCAUGUCGACGGAUCCGAACAGCAGAGCAUUCCAAUCAAGCUCAGCGAAGACUUUGGGCUGGGUAUCUGGUCCGUUCGCUUCUCGCACGACAGCCGAGAGAUUGUCGUGGGCACCAACUCCGGCACCAUCAUCGUUUACGAUCUCCAGUCCCAGAGGAAGGUCAACGAGUACAUGGCACACAGUUCGGAUAUCAAUUCGGUUUGCUUCGCAGAUGCGACGGCGCCGAAUGUCAUCUUCUCCGGCUCGGACGACACCUUUGUCAAAGUUUGGGACCGUCGCAUGUUCUCGUCGGAUACAUGUGGUGUUCUGUCUGGACACUCUGAAGGCAUCACCUUCGUUUCCUCCAAAAAUGAUGGCCGUAACUGCAUCUCCAACGGCAAGGACCAAACCCUCCGACUGUGGGACAUUCGGAAAAUGCACACAGGCGAAUCUGCAGUGAGAGCUUGCAAGAUCGAAACCAGAUCCGGGUUUGACUAUCGCUGGCAUGGAUACCGCUUUGUUCCAGGAAGCCGCAAGCAUCCCAUGGAUUGCUCCGUUGCAACAUACAUGGGCCACCGUGUCCUCCACACCUUGAUUCGGUGCUACUUUUCGCCUCUUCACACCACAGGACAAAGGUUCAUCUACACGGGCUCGUCCAACGGCAGAAUCCACAUCUUUGACUCUCAUGAUACCAGCACCUCGAAGCCGGUGCAUGUGUUCUCGGCGAUACCAAAGCGAUUCCGGCGGCUGCAUGAGCCCCACCACGACCCGUACUCAUCGUUCGAUCCCACCAGCGACCCAAACAUCUGCACGCGCGACGUCAGCUGGCAUCCGUAUCUACCCUUCAUCAUCUCGUCCAACUGGGGCACCAUCACGCCGGGCACAGCUGGCUCUCUGGGACUGCAUACCUUCCGUCGAAGCUGCUGACCCUGGCUGAACGGAACCGACCUGACCUGACCUGACCUGACCUGACCUGACCUGACCUGACCUGACCUGACCUAAACUGGGCUGGCCUGAGCUCCCAGUGGCAGUCACAUCUCUCCCUCCCUCACCUUCCCAUCCGUCGGGACUAUCUACUCUUCCUGUCCAUCCCACGCUGACUAUUGGCCACAGUUUUGUGCAUGCAAGCACGGAACAGUGCUUCUUGGGGCUUCUAGUACGCCGCAAGAGCGACACCCCACGUCUUGUUCCAAUAUAUGAUCGGAUGGCCAGUCGCUGGAUAUGAGCUUGCUUAUUGCCAUGCCGGGCAAUCGGAU